AUGCGACAUCCUGGGAUUUGGGCCCGUCGUCCGUGGAUUUGCACGCGAUGCAGUACCAGAUCAUUCCCCGUCGUCUCGUCCCGGACUGUGUCGACUCUCCGCGGUAGCAAAAAGUCUCAUCUCCCCGACACGCCCGCCAGGACUAGAUUUGCUCCCUCACCUACUGGAUACCUCCACCUGGGGUCUCUGCGCACGGCCUUGUUUAAUUAUCUCCUGGCGAAACGAACCGGUGGGCAAUUUCUACUCCGAAUCGAGGAUACGGAUCAGAAACGUACGAUUCCGGACGCCGAACAGAGGCUCUACGAAGACCUGCAAUGGGCCGGAUUGCAGUGGGAUGAAGGCCCAACAGUCGGAGGUCCCUAUGGUCCCUAUAGACAGUCCGAGCGAACCGCCAUCUACCGCACCCAUACGCACGAUCUCGUCCGAAACGGCCACGCGUACCGAUGCUUCUGUUCUGCGGACCGCCUGGACGCCUUCGCACGACAUCGCAGUCAAGCCGGACUGCCUCUGGGCUACGAUAGGAAAUGCACAGACAUCUCCGCCGACGAAUCCGAAGAUCGCGCCGCCAAGGGAGAGGCCCAUGUGGUCAGGCUGAAGGUGGAAAGAUACCCCAUGUUCCACGAUCUGGUCUAUGGCAAGACCGGACAGAAUCGUUCGCCCAACAAACUGGAUCUGAUCGAGCGGGUGUACGAUGAUCCCAUCUUGCUCAAGUCAGAUGGACACCCCACCUAUCAUCUUGCCAAUGUGGUCGACGACCAUUACAUGAACAUCACACAUGUUAUUCGAGGCACGGAAUGGAUGCCCUCGACGCCGCUGCAUGUCGCUCUGUAUAACGCCUUUCAAUGGACUCCGCCUGUUUUCGGCCAUGUGCCUCUCCUCGUCGACAAGUCCGGUCAGAAGCUCAGCAAACGCAAUGCCGAUAUCGACCUGACGUACUUCAAGGACAAACAGGACAUCUUCGCUGCAACGCUGGUGAACUUCGCCGCUCUAUUGGGCUGGUCUCACACGCAAAAGUCGGAUAUUUUCAGUCUGGAAGAAUUGGAACAAAUCUUCAACCUCAAAAUCACCCGCGGCAACACCGUCGUUGCCUUCGAGAAACUCUGGUUCCUACAAAAGGCACACGCCCAACGAUUCGCGGCCACCAACGCCCCCGAAUUCGAAGAAACGGUCUCGAGAGUCUCCCAGGUCGUCGAAAGUACCUAUCCUAUAGCCCAACUUGAUCCCAUACUCAAAUCCCGCUCUGUAUCCGAGUACGUUCGUCCUCUUCUGCACGCCGACGCCAAAUCCUUCACCAACGCCGAGGAAUUCGUCCACCGCAACUCCACCUUCUUCACCACCGCCCUCUCCAGACCCCCAUAUACGCCCACAUCCUCCACAACCAAACCACCAUCCUCCGAGGGGAAGCAGUCUUCCCCAACCAUCCCCAUCUCGGCCCUACACACCGCCGCCGCAGCGCUCAGCCUUGUCCCCGACUCCCACUGGACCAUCGAAACCCACCGAUUCAACAUCUCCUCCUACGACGGCGCAUCUGCCCUUCUCCACCAGCAACCCCAUCCUCUAGGACUUCUUGAGAAAGAAGAAAACGAAGAAGACGUACGUAAAGCCCGCGUCGCCGCCGACAAGGCAUUCAAGAAGGAACUCUACCAUUAUCUCCGAUGGGCCUUGUCUGCCUCUGCGCCCGGCCCGGGUAUCCCCGAGACCAUGACCAUCUUAGGUCGUGCGGAGACGCUGCAACGAUUACAGGAGGUGAGACAAUUGGUCAUGGAUGAUAAGUCUGCUUCGAGACCCAGAGUACAAGCGAAGUCGACGACGCAAUCAGACUCUGGCGCUGAGCAAGAUAGAUCCUGGAUGGGCUCGCUGGCUCCAGGGUCGUGA